AAAGGUCAAUUGAAUGACUACAUGUAUCAGGCACUGAUGGGUGACCGUCAUGAUUUUGUGAAAAUAUUUUUGGAACAAGGCUUCAGCUUAGAAGAGUUUCUCACCGUCUAUAUGCUUGAAAAACUUUACACCGAUCAACUGAAAAAUAUGAGUUCAAAAGUGGCAAUUUUCAACAAAAUGUGGGAGUAUCAUCGAUCACAUCGGGCCUCAAAAGUCACCCUUCGAGAUGUUGGCAAAGUUAUCAAAUCCCUGGUUGGAGAUUUCUAUCAUCCUCUCUAUUUAAGCAAGGAAUUCCAACAGAAACUUGCACCUGAAAAAUCCGACUUAGCUGGUGAGCUUUCUUCCUCUAUCUAA